GCCACCUGGCAGAUGGUAGUUCGCCGCGCUUCCGCCAGAGCACGCGCAGCGCACGCCGCAUUGUUGAGCGAUCUGGUUCGCGCUUUGCGCGCACGUCGUGUCAGUCGUCUGGUUCGCCGUCGUCACCGUCGUCAUCGUUGUCGUCAUCGUUGUCAUCGUCCGUGCGUCGUCUGCAUAUUGUUGCCGCGGGGCGGGUAGCGUACAGGUUGUCCGGUCGUCACGUUCAUUGCUUCCAUCGCGAACAACUUCGUGCGUCGCUAUGGAUCACAUCGGCCUGCUGCUGCAGCACUCGCAAUACGUGUACGCGAUCCCUGUGGGUAUCGUGCUGAUAUGCGCCAUUCUCGUAUUUGCCUUCGGCUUCAAGAAGGCCGAGCAGCCGCCGUUUGCGCAGCUCUCCUCGGGCUCCGACGUGGACCGGAAACUUUCCAGGAAGCGUGGCAAGAUCCGUGAAAAGAAAGCUGCUAAUGGACAAGUUGCAUCUGAGAAAACAAGUCCAGCUAAAAAGACAUUAACAGCAAAAGUAGAAGCUCCUAAGAAAGCUACCAAAGGAGAUGAUGUUGAAGGUAAAUUAAAAGAGCGUAAACAAGAAGACAACAAGAUUGUUGGUACUAAGAAGGAAAAGGAACAACUAUUGACUAAGGCUGGCAAAGAGAACAAAGUGGAGCAGACGAAGAAUAAGAAGAAUUUGAAGAAUUUAUUCCAGGAAAAACCAGUGGAUUUUGACGAUGGAGAUUGGGAGCAAGCUUAUUCACGCAAGGAUAAGAAGAAUAAGAAGAAGGAAGAGGAAUCUCCUUCAAAGAAGAACAAGAAAGCUUCUAAGAAGACUGAUUUAAUAAAUGAAGCUAAACAGAAAGAACAAGAGAAGCCCGAGAUUAAGGAUAAGAUUGCUAAGGAAACUGAAAAUAAAGAGCUGAAGGAGAAGGAGAAAAAGGAAGUGAUCCUCACAUCUAUUUCCAGCGAGGAGAUAGAUGAAGCUAAGGAGCCGCAGAAAGAAGAACAGAGCAAGAUUGAGAAAGUCGAGAAGGAAGAGAAAAAAUCUGGAAAAUUGAAAAAGAAUAAGAAAACUUCUGAAGGCGAGAACACACCCGCUUCAGUACCAUCUACACCAAAGACAGAUAAUAAGCCUAUCGUGGAAGAGCAGAAAAAGCCGGCGAAUGCCGAGAAAGUAAACAACGUGGAAGAAAAUAAAGUGGUAGAAAAUCAAGAGAAAAUCGCCGUGUUCGACGAAUUAGGAGACGUCUGGACAGAAGCAAAACCGCAGAAAAAAAGUAAAAAAAAGGCUCGUAAAGAUAACUGAGGAUAAUUGCGUGUAAUGCUAAUGAUAUUACUCCUUGCAGAAAGGAAUAGAGUGAGAAUUCUGUUCGGUCCAAAGGACGUUUGUCGCUUUCGACAAAUCAGGUGUGUUUCAAAUGACUUGCUAAUCAUCACCUGACCAAUUCGUUCCUUUUCCCUUGUAUAUAAUAUCAAUCAAACUUAGGUUAUUCAAUUAUGACUUUUUAGUUAUCACGUCUUGGAGAUGGCGUGAAAACGUUGUAUGAAGAUUUUUUUGUAUGUUUUUCAUUUCUUGUAGUCCACGCUAUCUUGCAUUUAAUAAGAAUGGCAUAAGUCAUAGUUUUCACCAGGCAAUUCUUGUAUACACAUUAGGUUUCAUAGGUACCUUCACGCAUAUCCAUAAUAGGGUAUUAUAUUUUAUUUGUGUAAUUGUAACUUUAUAUAUAUAGUGGAUAUGUAUCAUAGUUUUAUAAUGGUUUUGAAUGGUACUUAUGCCAUUUACGUUUUGCGCCUUUAGGAAUUAAUAAUCUUACAAAGAAUAUUUUGUACAACCAUACUAUAUUUCUAUAUUAAGAACAAUAAUUUUGUGCGCAUUAUUGUAUCUUGCUGUUACUUAAACACCGAUUCUUCUCAUUAUUAACAUCUCAUAUUAUAUGUAUUUGUACGAACAGUUGAAAGGCAAACAUAGAAAGUACAUCUCUCGGUAAUAUUCAUAAUGCAGGACAAUCUUUGGAGGCAAUAAACUUAUAUUGCUGACGUGUAGAAUGGAUUUUAAUAAAAAUCAUAUUUUUCUACACGAUUAAGUCGCGCUUAGUGACUGAUUAUUUUCUGCUUCAAAUGCUCGAGAAUCUAUCUUGUAAUAAUUAAUGUAUUUCCAUAUUUAUGUACAUCAGCAAUAUAAGUUUUAUGGAUGGAUGUAGAUAACAUUACGUAUAUUUAUGGCAGUAGAAGUCAUACAUGUGAUAACGACAAUGAUUAACUUUAAUAGAUCCUGAUUUAUAUUCUGCUGCACAUUAUGCAACAGAAUAUGUAUAUAUACAUGUUGAAAUUAAGAGAGACAAAAUCUACGUUCGUGCUAUAUCCUACAGUGAUUCACGGAUAAUUAUUUGUUAAUUAUUUAAUGCUGUUGUACUUCAUGCCGGUGAAAAUCUAACAUUAACUUCGAGUAGAAAAAAAUUUAUUCGGCAGAAAGCAAGGGGAAAUGAUUCAAAAUUUUUACGACAUAGAUAUUUGUACCUAUAUAAACGUUAUGAAGAAAUAUUGAUUUCUUGUUGAAUACUUCCAGAGGUGAAAAGUAUAUGUAUAUAUUUUUAUUUUCAUCGUGCAUCGAGAUAGUUAACAAUUUUACUUGUGGACGUGAAUCGAAGUCUAAUAUAUUGCUCUUUCAUUUUUGACUAUGUUUUUACGUUAUUGUAAUCAAGUCACAGAACAUAUUACUAUGAUAAUUUUAUAAUUAUUAUAAUUAUAGUUAAUAGAUCUCAUAUAACUUCACGUCUUCAUAAAAAUGGUAAAAAAGGGAUACGAGAACCACCAAAAUGAUAUUUUUGUAUAGUUUUUUUAUACAAUUGAAUUUUUUUUGUCAAAUCAAAUAUUACGAACAGUUUUCUUAAACAUUUAUCGUCACGCGAUAAUUGAAUAAUAACCGAGACGAUCAUAUGCACAUCAAAAACUAUCGUUUAUGAAUAUAAAUCAGCCGUUCAUUUCUUAUGCUAUGCAGGAGAGAUAAUACAUCAAUUUCUUAAUGACGUUAGAAGUAAUUUACAGAAAGAUUUUAUCAUAUAUAUACUGUAUUAACAUUACUAUCAGAAUGUGUUAUUAAUAACUCCUUUAUUGCUAUUAGGUGCUAAGCUCUGUAAAACGAGCGCUGCACACACAAGAAUGUUAUACAUUGGAGAUAUCGGAAAAGUCAGAUUUCUCUCAAAGAAUGUCUUAACUUAUAUUUUAUCAGAAACAGAAUAAGAAUGGAUACAUAUACAUGUGUGUGUGUGUGCGUGUGUGUGUAAAAGAUUGAGAGAAAACGAUUUGAAUGAAUGAGCAGAUUAUUAUCGUUGUUGUGUACGCGAUAACGUUUUAUUCUAAAUAAUUUACGAAUUAAGAAAAAUGUUUGUUAAAAAUUGCGUAAAAUUCAUGUAUCGAUAAUUUUAAAAAGAGAGCUAGUGAAAGAGGAAGAGAGUGAAAUGAUUUGAGAUGUAUGACAAUAUUGUGAUAAGAAUAUUAUACCUGAGCAUUGCUUGAGUGUUGCAAAUUAACGCUGAAAUCACUCGUAGCUUUUAUGUGUAGGAAGGAAUCUUGGGGAGAAAGUACCUCUAUCCUGUUCAAAUAGCCAUUCAUAUUUUGUAUACUUUAUAGUAAUAUAUUCUCGUAAGUACACACACUCGCAUACGAGACUAUCGUGCAAGAAGUUCUACCGUUACAUUGGCAAAAGAAUUCCGCAUUGCCGUGAAGUUUACAGAAAGGGAGAAAAGAGUAAAAAAUAAUUCAUUGAAUACAUUGAGCGAGCUUGAAUUUUAAACCAGCAAGAACUGUAUCGUCACGCAUAUACCAAAUUGUUUGUCGAUUGUAUACGUCCCGUGCCAAAAGCAAAUAUCAUCUCUCUUUUAGAUCAUAUUUGAGCUGAAUUUCAUAUAAUUCAUGGGUAUCAAAGGAAAUUUAGUAACGCUAUUUACGGCCGCUCUCUCUUACAUA